UACACCAGAUUUAACAACCAAGAAGACCAGAGCAUAAUAGUCCCCCACAUGAUUGAUAAGAUCAAAUUAUCAAUCUUUGAAAAGCUAAAUACAAAGUAUCUCAAUAGUCUAGAAGAACCGUCUUAUGAUGAUCACGAAGAUGCAUUCAUUUACAAUACGUUAUUAAAGGAUGCAAGUACUGAUAUAACUCCAGAGGAAUGGUUGCAUUUUUCCAAGGCUGAUACAGAGGAUGAACCUGCAUUUGACGACAUAUCCGGAUUAAAGAAACUAGCAAUUCAUAUUCCAGAUGGCACCAAGAAGAAACACACCAGGAAGAAGUUGAAGGAUCCUGAGUGCGAAUCUCAUUCCAUAAUUGGAUCAUGCAUGACUCUAGGAUUUGACAAUUACCAGCAUCCAAAACUUGCCGAUAUCUACCUGUUAAAAGACUUGUUUAAAUGUGUUGAGCACUUGGUGCAAGAAAAGAACCAUUCACUUCAAGACUUUAAAAUUCUCACAUUGAGAAGACACUUGCAUUUAUUAUUGAAAGUACCGAUACGGAAACAAUCAAUUCAGUUUCAUGUCAUAUAUUGGAAGGGACUCAUUAUCUUUGCCUAUGAUUGGGAACCUGAAGCUCAAUACAAGAAACAAAAUCCACCUAACGGUAUUGAACGUCUCCUCCAAUAUUCUGGAAUGAAUUUUGAGAAUAUUGUAUGUGGAGACGAUAGUGCAGAUUACAAACUGAGGUAUUAUUCUGUGGUUAACCACACUGUGAAUGGAGUACCGUUAUUAUACUGUGCUGAGAUUGACUGUGCUAUAAAGCUGGAACCAGGACUUUGUAAUUAUGUCGAGUUAAAGACCCAUUCUAAACUGGCUGAUGAUAAGAUUAAAACUGUGAAUAAAUUAAACAAGAAGUUACUCGAGGCGUAUUGCCAAAACAAGUUAGUUGGUUGUCAACAUCUUGUGAUGGGAUACCGAACAUUGGACUUUAAAUUAGCAUCCAUAAAGACAUUUAAAAUUGGUGAGGUUGCAAAUAUUGUCAAUAAUGACCCCAUAUUUCUUAAACAUGGGUGUGCCAUAAAUACCAAGGGGAUAUUUAGGUGGUAUCAGUUAGUGAUCCAAUGGCUAGUGUUUCAAGAGAAGAACCUUAAGAAUCAAGAUGAGGCAACUGUCUACCGGUUGUCAUUCGACAGAGAGGACGAAUUAAUGGAUUCGUACUUGAGCCUCACCAAAGUAGAUAAAGAAGAAUCUGCCAUGAUAUUCAAUCUGACAGUACCUGAGUGGUUCCAAACGUUUGUAAUUCUGCAAAAAUAAACAAUAUAUUAAUCUAUGUACAUGUAAAUGGUAAACCUAUUCUCUAAUGGAAGCUUCAAUAGCCAUUUUUCUGGAAUGAGCAUCGAAAUACUCCUUCAUCUGGUUUAUGCUUGUGUUACAAGGAUCGAUAGACAUGACGUGUUUGUCUUUGAAUGUGACUUUGAUUUGUUGUUCAUCUUGAGAAUUUGGUGCCAAAACUUUACAGUCUAUUUUGGCGGUAGUUGGGACUUGAGAAAGGAAAAUUCUGGCAUUUCUGGCACCUACUCCAAAGGCAUCGAAUUUGACCACCACAUUGGCGAAAUAUUUUGUGAUCAUUGCUGUGCUUGCUGUGCUUGCUGUGCCAAUUACUUCUAAGAAUAGGUAAAAGGUUGAUAGUCUCAAAAUUUUUUCCAAUUGUCUGCCGAGUAAAACUGAGCACUAACAAAAGUUUUUAGUUCCAUACAUUAUUUUCUAUAGCAUGCCUAAUUUUACACGUACCCUAUAUAAUACACAUUUACACCUAGUUGAUUUCCCUCAAUUCAGUAGAUUGAGUAUUUGGGGAUAAACCUGAGGUUGUUGCUAUUUCUGCACUUGGUGCAGUCUUCAUGGCUGAUUCCCUUCGCUUGUUCAUCACUUCAAUAUACUUGUUCUUCUUUCUUGCUUGUAAAUGACCCCAAGCAAAGUACGCUACGGGUAUAUAACUCAAUAAUGUAGCCUUGAGGGCAAUUUCAUGAAUCAGGUUCUCUUGCACAAACCCUAAACUCAAGAAAGUAAGAAUCAUUUCUGCGACAAGUGCCAUUGGGUAAAUCACAUAGAAGUUGUGAUAUUGGAGCCAAAACAAGAAGUGGGGCGAGCUCUUGGUCUUGAUCCUGAAUGCAUGAUAACUGUAAUGGAUAAAGUAUUGAACACACCAUGCGGAUAUCAAUAUGGAGUACGAAGUGUGUUUAGCGAUUUUAGGGUGGGGGAAUAUUACACCGUAGCAGAUCCAUGCCAUCUUCAAGUCAUUCAGCAAUGCCCAGAGAUUGGACAAGGAGAUCUUUUUGUUUAAUAGUGGUUUAACUAGUAGGAACCCAAUCAAUGGUAGGAGUGCCACUACUUGGAAGAAAUCCGCGAUCCCUCCAGGUAGGAACCUCCUGCCUACCAAUGGCAAUAAUAGUAAGAAUCUCAAUAGACAGCAGAACCAUAAUGUAGCAGCAGCUGAGUUGAAGAAGAAAACCACCUUUUGAUUGGUUGGGAGUGGAUAGAAUCUGUCCAUGUUGUAUUAGACGAUGUGUAAAGCAAGUGUAUGAUUUCACCCUCCUCGCGUGCU